GCCGGCCCGGAGCGGGAGGCGGAAGUGCCUCGGGCAGCCGCCUCAGUCCAGGCUGCGGCCCCGGCAGGUUACAUAACUCGUUGCGGGCUGCGCGCGGCACCACUUCCUGCCUCCCUGAGAACCGAGGAUGCACUGACCCCACAACGCCGUCCGCUGCCGCCGGCUCCCUCCCGAGGUGUGAAUGACAGAGGUGGUGCCAUCCAGCUCCCUCAGCGAGAUCAGCCUGCGUCUCCUCUGCCACGAUGACAUAGACACCGUGAAGCACCUGUGCGGCGACUGGUUCCCCAUCGAGUACCCAGACUCAUGGUAUCGUGAUAUCACCUCCAACAAGAAGUUCUUUUCCCUCGCCGCAACCUACAGGGGUGCCAUUGUGGGAAUGAUCGUAGCUGAAAUAAAAAGUAGGACCAAGAUACACAAGGAGGAUGGAGAUAUUCUAGCCUCCAGCUUCUCUGUUGACACACAGGUUGCGUACAUCCUAAGCCUGGGAGUAGUGAAGGAAUUCAGAAAGCACGGCAUAGGUUCCCUAUUACUUGAGAGUUUAAAGGAUCACAUAUCAACCACUGCCCAGGACCACUGCAAAGCCAUCUACCUGCACGUCCUCACUACCAACAAUACGGCUAUAAACUUCUACGAAAACAGAGACUUCAAGCAGCAUCACUAUCUCCCCUAUUACUAUUCCAUCCGAGGGGUCCUCAAAGAUGGUUUCACCUAUGUCCUCUACAUCAACGGUGGCCACCCUCCCUGGACCAUCCUGGACUACAUCCAGCACCUGGGCUCUGCACUAGCAAACCUGAGCCCCUGUUCCAUCCCGCACAGGAUCUACCGCCAGGCCCACAGCCUGCUCUGCAGCUUCCUGCCAUGGUCAAGCAUCUCCACCAAGGGCGGCAUCGAGUACAGCCGGACCAUGUGACGCCAGCCGGGCAGUCUCUACCAGGCCCCACCCCUCGGCACCCUGUGGAAACCGCCUUCCCGGCCGUCUGACUUCUGCAGAGGGAGCCGGUGGGCACCUGCCGGGCCCGUUGGCCUGCCCCAGCUGCAGGCCCGGUGCUACGUGGGCUCGGGAGAAGAGAGUCAAGGGGCGUGCCUGGUCUCCCCCAGGCUCCUCCAGCCCUCCUUCCCAAUCUGGAAACCUUCACUUCUACUGAGCCCUGGCUGGACCCCCGCACGUGCUCCAGCCCCACGGGCACCUGGGGGUGGCAGCGUUCACUGUGAACACCAAGCCCUGCUCUUGGGCCUGCUGAGACCCUGCCCACCCAGGAAGCCUGCCCAGAGGAGGACGGCUUCCUCCUCAACUAAGGGUGGGAGCACCUCGGAUUCCCCCAGGAUCGACAUGGAUCUCUGCUCUCAGAACACAGGUGCUGAGGGGCCAUUUCUCUGGCUGAAUUGGCCUGAUGACAGACAGACCCAGGGACAGAAGGUGCAGGCCUUGGCUUUUAUUGAGAUUAGACCUGUAGGCUCCCUGGCCUCUCGGGAACCCAACUCCACUCCGCCCAGCCUCCCAGGUACAAGUGGUCGACUUGAGUUGGAGCAGGCUGCAAGGGCUGUCGAGUUUCCAGAAUGGCUGAAUGGUGCCUGUUACCUGGGCCCAGAGCCCCCUGUGAUGACAUGAUCUUAUACAGAGAAAAAACUUAAUUAACACUAAAAAAAAACAAUUUGAGCUAAUAAAACUAUUGGAGCUAAUAAGAUUCAGCCAAGUCUCAGGAUACAAGAUCAACAUGCAAAAUUAACUAUUUCUAUACAGUAGCAAAGAACAAAAAGAAUAAAACAGGAAUAAAAUUAACCAUGGAAGUACAAGACAACACUGAAAACUAGAAAACAUUGCUGGGAAAAAAAAGAAAACUUAAAUAAAUGGAAAAAGACCCUGUUCAUGGUUUGAAGACUUAAUAUUGUUAAGACAACAAUCCUUCCCAAAGUGAUCUAUAGAUUCAGUGCAAUUCUUAUCAAAAUCUCAAUGGCCUUGUAGGCGGAAACAGGAAAACUGAUCCUAAAAUUCAUGUGGAAUUACAAGGGAGCCCAAAAGCCAAAAACAAUCUUAAAAAGUUUGAAGACUCAAGAUUUCUGAUUUCAAAACUUAUUGCAUACAAUGCUACAGUAACCAUAACUGUGGAACUGGUAUAAGGCUAGACAUCCAGACUAAUGGAAUAGAAUAGACAGCCCAGAACAAUUUCAUACAUCUCUGGACAAUUUAUUUUCAACAGAUCACCAAGACUAUUCCAGAGGGAAAGUAAUAGUCUCUUCAACAAAUGGUGCUGGGACAACUAGAUGUUCAAAAGAUACGAAUGAAGAAUGAAGCUGGACCCCUACCUCACACCAUAUACAAAAAUUAACUCAAAGAAAACUCUGAAGAAAUCUUCAUCACCAUGGAUUUGGUAAUGGAUUCUUAGAUAUGACAACAAAAGCACAAGCAACAAAAUAAAAAAUAGGUAAAUUGCAC